GAAAUGGAAAACUUUUAAAUUUAGUGAACACUUAUAAAAAGAAAAUUAUAUUUACCUCACUUCACUAUCUUAGUUAUGACUGUACCAUCAAUGAUCUGUUCCAAGUGGCAACUGUUUUAGACUCAUUAAUUAGGUGGUUAGAGAUUUGAUUUCUGGUUUAUGAAUAGAAAGAAUUCAGUUAGGAGGAGAGAACACAUAUCGUGUCUCAUAUGUUCUCCGACAGAGAUUAGUCAUUACUAACGGCGGUCAAAAGUUCGUACUUAUAUUACGAUAAAAAUAAAGCUGUGACUGUGAAGACAGUUGAUGUGUUGGAUUGGAUGUUAAUUUGAGCCAGUAAUACAAUAGAGGUUUUAGAGAAACAACAUAGUACCUUGGUGUUUUGUUGAGGAUAAUGGAAUGACGUGGCACCACGUGGAGACAAAAUUGGGUGGAUGAUAGUAAUGUACUAGUAUGUACUAUAAAGAUGAUAGUUCCAUAUAAUAUACUCCCAACCUUGGACACGAGUUUUAACAUUUCAAGUUAGUUUAUAAAUUCAUACCUUGUGAACACAUGUUUGCAGCUGGAGUGAAGGAUCAUCGUCAUGGCUUUCAAUUAUACUACUACCAAGGAGCAAAAGAAAACGGUAGACCAGUCCAUGUUACUGUGUUGCAAAUUCUUUAUCUCGGAAGGACGUAACAUUGCUACUCUUGAUGCAGUUGAACGAGUCGCGAGAUCGAACCCAGAGACUGUCAUUGUGCACAAAUUUCAUGAUAGAACCUACAAUCGAGCAAGGUAUAGUCUUGUGUCGUAUGUUUUGCAUGACUGCACAGGAAAUGCUAUAUACAGCCCCCUGCAACAAACAGUGGUGGCCAUGGCUGAGGCUGCAUUCAAUGCCAUCAACCUUGAAUUGCAUGAAGGAGCUCACCCCCGUUUAGGCGCAGUUGAUGACAUUGUUUUCCACCCACUUGCUUGUGCAUCGCUGGAUGACGCAGCGUGGUUGGCAAAAGCUGUGGCAGCAGACUUUGCUAACCAAUUCAAUGUACCUGUAUUUCUUUAUGCUGCUGCACAUCCAACAGGGAAACAACUCGACACAAUAAGGCGCGAGCUUGGAUUCUACCGGCCUAAUUUCAUGGGAAACCAAUGGGCAGGGUGGACUAUGCCUGAUAUCCUACCUCAAACACCAGACAAAGGGCCUAUUGUUGUUUCAAGAGCCAAAGGCAUCUCAAUGAUCGGUGCGCGUCCUUGGGUCACACUCUACAACAUACCAAUCUUGUCGACUGAUGUAUCAGCAGCAAGAAGGAUUGCAAGGAAGGUCAGUGCUCGUGGUGGCGGACUUCCUGCAGUGCAAACACUCAGGAUUGUUUGUGAGGAUUUCAAUGAAAUAGCUUGCAUGUUGCUGGAGCCUAAUCGAGUUGGAGCUGAUAGGGUGCAGAAUUUGGUCGAAAUGUUGGCAGCACAAGAAGGAUUGGAUGUAGAAAAAGGAUACUUCACUGACUUAUCUCCAGAAAUGAUAAUAGAACAGUACAUGAACCUAAUCUCUACUAAAAAAUCAUCACCAUAGCUAGUUGAUGAACAAUCAAAAUCCAACUAGUUAUUAAUUGGCAUUGCUAUAAUUGAGUAAAUAAAAAUAAGUUGUAAUUGCCUAAAUGGUUAGAUGUAAAAUUGAAUCAAGUACUUCAAAAUUGUUGUUGUGUGUUCACCUAACUUUGAAAAUGGAGUAUUAACUUAGUGCA